AUGUGGAAAAGAAAUUUGUUGCCUAAAGGAGAUUCAAGUGAUAGAUAUUUAUUCUAAAAUUUAUAUAAAGUUAAUUGAUAAUGUUUAAUUAUAUUUUCGUCAUUUCAAUUGUUUAUUAAUGACUUAGUAUCCACUAUUGGGCGGAGAAAUAUCCGCUUAUAAUGGAGGAAGACCUUGUCCAGAAGGAAGAUCGGGAGAAGGACCCAAUUGAGCAAGAAGAGGAGGAGGAGGACAACAUUCACAAAAUUCACCAUCUGGAGUUGCUGGUUGUCCGUUACCGCAAAUUGAGGGCGUCUCCGUGAUUAGUUUUGGAAAACAGCCUGGUGAACAAGGCCAAUAUUCUUCCGAAUUUAUUGAAAGUACACACAAUAAUAAAACACAACAUAAGGGUAAUAUUACAGAAUUUUGAGACAUCGUUAAAUUAUUAGCUUCAUAAAAAUGAAUAGUCUAAAAUCACUGUCUGUUUGCCACUUAGAAAAUUAAUGAAUACGGUUGAGUUAAACAGUCGUCUGUCACCACUUUGUAUUACCGUUUAUUUUAAUGCUGUUUUUCACAGGUUUUAACUUUUAUAUAGUACUAAAAAACCACAAAUUAAUCGUUAUAAAUUAUGGUUUUGUUGAAGGUUUACAUAGAGAAGUAAGUAUUUAAUAUUUUACGAAACGUUGACAUUUUUUACCACAUGAACAAAUACAAUUAUGAGAGAUUUAUUUAUUACGAACAUCAACGGGAUACAGUAACUCAUAAUUUAUUAUCGCCGGCACUAUAAAAAGCAUUUAAUUUUGUGGACAUUGAUUUUAAAUUAUAAUUAUUUUAUUUAUAAUAUUUACGAAACACAUUAAUAGAAUAAUACAAAUUUAAUUUGUAUUUGUAUUUGUGANGUUAUACCAUCUCUGGUGUUUUAUAGGAGAACAUUUAUUAAAAAUUAUAUAACUAAACUAUGUAUUUCUAUAAAUAAAUUUUGAUUUCAAUAUUUUUGAUUUUCAUCUACCCGUUAACAAGAUAUUCCACGUUUCAGUAUAGGCCCCCAUGUGUUGUUGUCAACGGGUAAAUAGGUUGUUCUAUUUUUGAGCAGUUAAAAUAUAUUAUACGGAGUGUAACUAGACUAUUUGACAUAUCUACAUGUGUGUGGGCGACUGUUGCAGGUGAGAAUUUGGGAAGAUAGAGGAGAAAUUUAAUGUAUAUCUAAACGCGUAAAACAGUAACUGUUUCGUCCCUAAAAAUUACGAUAAUAUAUCAUAUGAGAACAUGGAAGAUUAGAAAGAUAUCCUAGGAUAAUGGAGUCGAGUGCAGUCACUGUUAUAGAUAAUUUAAUGUAUAUCUGAAAGCAAUGGUUAACUAUUGCUUAUGAAAAAAAGAUUUUGAGAGCAGUUCAGUUGAUAGCAAAGCUUUGUCAACUAUAUAUAUAUAUAUAUAUAAAUAUACAUGUCUUUUUUAGUAAAUUAAUUAAAUGGACUUUAUAUAUUUUCUCCCAUAAUAUUUGUUUUUUGUUGUACCGUUUUUGCUUGGUAUUAUAUGUAUUAAACUGUGAACCAAAUAUCUCCCGUUUUUCGAAGAAAAAACAUCACAGCAAGAAUUAUGUAUUUACUAAUAUAACAAUUGUGAUAGGUAAGUAUAAUUUUAGCUUAAAUGGAUUUUAGCAAAGAUAACUUUGACAUAAACUUACAAAAAAAAAAAAAAAAACAAUAGUUGUAUUAUAUAUUUGUAUAUGUUGAUAUAUUUUUAACCAAAUAGUAAAUAUUAUAAUAUCAAAUAGAUCAUAAAAAUAAAUACAUAUGUCUAAUCAUAUAUAAAUUAAAUAUACUACAUUUUAUAACAAUAAUAAUUAGUCGUAAAGUAUAAUAGCAUAACACAGUAAAUUUAUUGAUUUAGGAAUGUGUUUGUAAUCGUAUUCAAGAAAUGGAAAAGAAAUUCGUUGCCUAAAGGAGAUUCAAGUGAUAGAGAAUUAUUAUAGAAUUUAAAUAGAAUUAAUUGAUAUGUUUAAUUAGAUUUUCGUCAUUUCAAUCGUUUAUUAAUAACUUAGUAUCCACUAUUGGGCGGAGAAGAUUCCGCUUAGAAAGGAGGAGGAGGACAACAUUCACAAAAUUCACCAUCUGGAGUUGCUGGUUGUCCGUUACCGCAAAUUGA